AUGGACCACAAGGAUUUGACAAUAGGAAUAGUGUUCUUAUUUCAGACUACAGUUGGAAUUCUGGGAAAUUUCUCUCUUCUUUCCUGCUACCUUAUCCAAUACUACACCAAACAGACAUUAAAGACCACAGAUUUGAUUCUUACACACAUGUUCACAGCCAACUCCUUGAUCAUUUUUUCUAAAGGAUUACUUCAUACAAUGAGAGCUUUUGGGAUGGAAAGAUUCAUCAAUGAUUUUGGCUGUAAAUUUCUUUUGUAUAUUCAAAGACUAGGCAGAAGCAUGUCCAUAGGCAUGACCUGCUUCUUGAGUGUUUUCCAGGCCAUCACCAUCAGCCCUGGGAACUCUUUUCUGUUGGGCUUUGAAGUCAAAGCUCCAAAGCAUAAUGGAAUGUACACCUCCCUCUGCUGGAUUCUCUACAUGGCAGUAAAUAUGAUUUUUCCCCUGUAUAUGUAUACCAAAGAGAACAGCAAGAAUCUGACAUACGAUAGUGAUUUGAAAUACUGCUCCACUCCAGGUUAUGAUGACCUUGGAAGCUCAUUAUAUGCUGUGGUAAUUGUUCUUCCUGAAAUUUUGUUUUCUGUCAUCAUUGUUUGGUCCAGCAGCUCCAUGAUUAUCAUUCUGUAUAGGCACAAACAACGGGUUCAACAUAUCCACAGCACCAGUGUUUCCUCCAGAACAUCCACUGAGUCCAAAGCCACCUGCCGCAUAAUGGCCCUGGUGUCAACAUUUAUAGGUUUUUAUGCCCUCUCUUCCAUCUUACAAGGUUGCGUUGCUCUCACAUAUAAACCUGGUUGGUGGUUGGUUAACAUUACUGCAAUCAUUUCAAUGUGUUUUCCUACUUUGGGGCCAUUUUUUUGUGAGCCAUGA